AUGGGUAUCGGGGUACUAGAGGAUAGAUAUAUGACCCGGCCGCCGGGGACAUCGAAGCUUGGCGAGGAACAGGGUCCGUCCUUCGAUGCAGCGAGUACCGACGAUUUAAAGAGAGAUGGCGACAUCAUCCUGGUUCCGCAGCCGAGCGACUCGCCUAAUGACCCCCUUAACUGGUCGAUGGUGCAGAAAAAUUCAAUCAUGCUCAUUCUCGCCUUCAGCUCCGGCGUUACGACCUCGCUUGGGCCGAUGAUUUCACCUGGUUUGGUGAUAAUUAGUAAACAGUUCCAAGUCAGUCCCGACAUGGUAUCUACAUUCAUGGUCGGGUCUAUUCUUCUGUUUACGGGCGCGGUGACUUUCUUUACGGCUUCGGGAGCAAAUAUCUGGGGGAAGAGGCCAUUCUUCGUGAUAUCUACACUAUUGCUGUUGAUAUCAAAUAUUUGGGGCACUUUUGCAGAUUCCUUCCCCUCGUUGGCCGCUAUGCGUAUCUUCCAAGGAAUCGCAUCCGCUCCCCUAGAGACGCUGGUAACGUCAACAGUUUCGGAUUUAUUCUUCGUCCACCAGCGAGGAUUACGCUUGUCAUUAUGGGGAGUGAUGUUAGGAACAGGUGUUUUGCUAGGCCAGAUCAUUUCCGGUUACAUCAUCGAGUCGAUGGGUAUCACUGGUACCUUUGCUAUUAGUGCGCUUAUCUUCUGCCUGAUAUUACCCCUUAUGUAUUUCCUAAUCGUCGAGACUACGUACACGCAGUCGCGCAGCACCAAGUUCGGCGAGAAGCGCCCAGGGUCGCGAGCGUCCUCGAUAGAUAGUAUGGAUCUCAAAGGCGAUGACCCAGCUAGCGAGCCAAAGGAAAGUUACAAGAGCCAGCUCCGUCUUUUCCGCGGCCGAUUAUCUGACGACUCCUUUUGGAAGGGUGUGGUUAAGCCAUUCCCUCUCAUUUGUUUCCCUGCCGUCAUAUUUUCAACUCUAGUCUACGCAUCUUUCUUUUGUUGGCUCUUGAUGAUCGGUGUCUUGUCUGUCAACAUUUUCUCCGCGCCUCCGUACAACCUUACACCGGCGCAGGUUGGACUCACCAACAUUCCCCUGGCCAUUGCCACAUUAAUCUUCUCGCCACUCUCUGGAUGGAUGGCUGACGCAAUCCCCGUUUGGAUGGCAAAGCGAAACGGAGGGGUUUUCGAGCCCGAGUUCCGCUUGGUCCUUAUGCUCAUUGCUAUCCCGUUUAGUACAGCAGGAUUUAUUGGGUUUGGAUUCGCUUCUUCCGAAGGUUUAUCCUUAACCUGGUGCUUAGUGUGGAUUACGAUGCAUUCGGUAGCCGUGCCCUUCGCUUCUCAGGCAUCGAUCAGCUACGUUAUCGAUUGCCAUACCAAGGAUGCCAACCAGGCAUUUGUAACUAUCAAUUUCGUCAAGGCGGUUUUAAGCUUCAUCGCUUCGACCGUUGGAAACGGACUACUUGUCAAGUUUGGCCCUAAGACCCUAUUCAUCGGAAUCGCAAUGCUAAACCUAGGAAUCAGCCUACUCACUAUUCCUAGUUACAUCUACGGCAAGAGACUGAGGAGCUGGGUGGCGAGGAGUGAAUGGGCGAAGAAAAUUUGA